CCACCCCACGCCCUCCUCCUUCUCCCAGGUCCGUCACAGUCUCACGGCCUCACUCCCGUUAUAAAUAGCGCUCGGAUUCCUCACGCCCCCACACCUAUCUCUCUCUCUCUCCAGCGCACUCUUCCUCCUCACUACCCACCUCAGCAGCCUCAGCGAAGAAGGCCGGCCGGAGAAGCGCAUCGAUCCAUGGAGUUCUACGUGGACGAGAAGUGGAAGUUCUCCAAGAAGAGCCGGAACAACGGGAGCCGGCGCGUGCCGGGAGCCGGAGGAGCCGGCGGCGGGGACUCUCUGCUCAAGAGAUCGUCAAGCAUGAGGGACGUCCCGGCGAUCGGCCGGCGCGGGAGCGGUGCCGCCGGCGCCGCGGCGGCGGCGGCGGCGGCGGGCGGGUGCGCGCCGCAGCCGUCGUUCUCGAGCCGGUGCGCGGGGCUGGUGAAGGAGCAGCGCGCGCGCUUCUACAUCAUGCGCCGCUGCGUCACCAUGCUCGUCUGCUGGAAAGACUGCUCGUAGCCGCGGUAGUUCCAGGGCCGGCCGCCGGCGAAGAAGCUCCACCCCUCGCAGUUUCUCCGCCUGCCAGGAUCAGAGAGUCAGUCAUGGUGCUGGUUGCUGAAGCAAGCCGAGGGACACGGGGGAAGGAAGAAGGCAGAUUAGGUGAUGUGUGUAUAGAUCAGUCUUGAUUAGGAGUCCUCUUUCUCUCCUUUUUUACCUCCCAUUUCUGGGACGUUUUCUUGGUUAUUACUAGUACUCGAUUAGGUAAGUAGUAGUAGUAAUUAGCACAGUACUUAGUAGCUCUGCGAGGUAGAUGUGGAAUCGUGGACAGUUUUGGGAUCCCCUUCUUCAAGGGGAAUGGGGAUCUGGGUUCUUUUACAGCUGCAGUGCUGCAAAGGAGCUAGCACCGCAGGGCGCAGGCAGGCAGCUCGCAGCUGAAUGAAAUCUAGUGGAUCUUCUUCUGUUGUACCACGACCACGACCACGACCACGGUGAAAACAAGGUUGUCACUGCCCAUGUAUAGCUAAAGAAAUCAGACGCAACAGCAUGUUAAGAUGUCACCGCGUAUUUAUUUACUUUCUUUUAUUUUAAUC